AUGUCCUCGGGUUUGAGUGAACAGAUAAUUUUUGAUACAACUCUUAUCGGUUUAUUCAUGAGGGAGAGGGAAGUCUAUGUAUUCUUGGGAGAUACAACAGAUCUUGGAAAUCUACUUACUGUUCUGAAAAUGCGCGGCUUGCUGGACACUGGCAACUAUAUGGUUAUUUACAUUGACACAGAAAGUUACACGGAAGAUGAUGCGCACAAAUACUUCAGAUUACAUGAACCCGACUCCGGAUAUGAAGUUAUCAUGAAGGCUUCUCAAUCCCUCUUGGUCGUUGUGUCGACGCCACCGCGGGGUGAUGAGUAUGACGAAUUUCAAGAGAAAGUUCGUGAAUAUAACAGUGAAGAGCCGUUCAAGUUCACGGCGGGCGAGCUGUUCAAAGAUUGGGUUCCUCACAUCACUCCGUACGCCUCUUAUCUGUAUGACGCAGUGACCUUAUAUGCUGAUGCUUUGAGCAAGGCCUUGAAGAAUGGCACCGACCCAAGAAAUGGGAGAGAAAUCAUGCGCAUAUUCAGAGAGCGGGAACAGUACACAAGUGUAACAGGAGCAGUUAUGAGAAUAGAUAAAGAAGGAGAUGCAGAAGGCAACUAUACAGUGCUUGCCUGGCAACCAACACCUGAAAAUCUGAAGCUGAAAGUGCCAUCUGGCCAUCCGGUACCCCCUUACUGCAUGUUGCCAGUUGGACGGUUCCACGCCGAGUCGGGUCAGUUAAUGUUUAAGCUCGAGAAAGAAAUCUUGUGGGUGAAUUUUGACAAACCUCCUGUGGACGAACCACCCUGUGGUUUUGACGGAAGCGGGUGCAAACCCAGUCCUGACAAAAGUAAAGAAUACGUCUCUGUGACUAUGGCAUCUAUACUUUUUAUAUCCAGCUUCGUGAUCUAUAUGGUAUAUAGAAAUUGGAAAUACGAGCAAGAAAUCGAUGGUUUGCUCUGGAGGCUGGAGCUGGAAGAUGUGCAGAAAUGUGGGCAGAACGGCAUGUGUCUCGUGCACUCCGCCAGUAAGAUGAGCUUGGCCAGUCACAUUUCCGUGGAAUCAAAAGUAAUCGAACAAAUUUUCACUCAUACAGCAGUUUUUAAAGGAACUAUCAUUGCUGUGAAACAACUAAGGUUUAGCAAGAAGGUCGAUAUCACUCGUUGUAUCAAAAAAGAGAUGAAACUGAUGAGAGAAAUGCAUCAUGACAACAUCAAUCAAUUCAUUGGAGCUUGUGUCAAUCCGAACUGUAUACAUAUCGUCACAGAAUACUGCUCAAAAGGAAGUCUUCAA